AUGCAAACGGCUAUGCUUACCAAUGAAGAGGAUGUGGACGACGACGUACCAUCCAACUUUACGAGUACGACGAGUGGAACUGGGACUGCCAAAGGCGGCUACGACUAUUGGAGCCAGUCGCCAAGUGUCUUACCUAAAAUAAAGAGGAGCAUAGGAAGAUUGGAAAUGAUACAUCACCCCUCCGUCACUCCGCGGUUUCCCUGUUCUGCGUUUACAUUUGAACUUCCAACUCUUUCCAAGAACAAUUCGGAAAUCAUAGAGCGUCUUCUUUCACAAGCUCUUUUCGACCGAAGUAUCCAAGCGGACCCGUUUUGCUGCAGUUGGAUUCAGAUAGAAAAGUGUCAAGGCCACUUUCUCAAACCAAAUUCGACCAAAGUCCGGCGCUUUAGUGUCAAUUGCCACUCUGUUACUCUGUCGGGCUCUGAGCAUUCACCGACAGCGAUCGGCCAUGGAAGGUGGCAGAUGCACGUCUUGUGCUUGAAGAUGAUUCUGUUUGGUGAGCCAAGUUAUUUGGUGCCUUUGGGACCCAAGUAUCAGGAGAUCAUUACUGAUCCUAGUUAUGCUGGCCAAUUUGUUCUAAUGACUAAUCCACAUAUUGGCAACACUGACAUUAAUUUUGGUAGUUUGCAAAGGGAUACAGAUGAUGAAGAAUCAAGUCAAUGCUUUCUAGCAGGACUCAUUAUCCGUAAUCUGAGUAUCAUCAGCACCUCCAACUGGAGAUGCUCUGAAGAACUUGGAGAUUAUUUGGCAUCGAGGAACAUUAUGGGAAUAUAUGAUGUAGACACUCGUGCUAUCACCCGCCGUUUGAGACAAGAUGGCAGCCUUAUUGGUGUGUUGAGCACAGAAGACUCCAGAACAGAUGAAGAACUCUUGGAAAUGUCCCAAACUUGGGAUAUAGUUGGCGUGGACUUGAUUAGUGGUGUCUCGUGUAAGGCUUCUAAUAAAUGGGUUGAUGCCACAAAAUCAGAAUGGGAUUUCAACUUCAACAACAGAGGAAAUGAUGAGACGUUUAAAGUUAAUAUUACAUAG